AUGAGCGAUUCUCCUCCAAGCGAUUCUCCUCCAACCCCGCCAACAAGGAACCCGGCACAUGAUGAGAAAAGGUUCAAACCUAUUACCACACCCUGUGAAUGGGUGGAGGAUUACCAUCCCGGCGGUUACCAUCCCGUUCACCUUGGCGACAUUUUUAAUAACGGCCAGUACAAGGCUAUCCGGAAGCUAGGAGAGGGCUCUUACUCAACGGUCUGGUUGGCCCGCGAUGUUUGGGAAAAUAGAUAUGUCGCGCUGAAGAUUCUUGUAUCGGCAGUCUCAAGUUCUACAGCCGAGCUAAAUAUUUUGCGCCACCUUGCCAAGGUCGCCCAAAAAGACGCUGCUCAACAUAUUGUACAUCUAUUAGGCGAUUUUGAUCAUCGCGGGCCGAAUGGCGUUCAUAAGGUCCUAGUGCUUGAACCUAUGGGAAGUAGUGUAAACUCUAUGGUUGAGGAGCUACCACAGUUCAACCCUCGUACACUUGGAAUGAGGGUUCGCUACCCUCCACAGAUGGCCAAGAGGAUCCUCAAGCAGUCCCUUCAAGGCCUCGCAUUUCUUCACAAGAACGGUAUCGCCCAUGGAGACUUCCAGCCAGGAAACAUGCUGUUCUCUCUCAAUGACAUCAACUCGGAGCCUGAGGACGUGCUCCGACAGGCGGAAGAUGCACAGGGCGGAUCAAUAUCGCCCCCAGUCGAGAGGCUGGACGGCAAACCAGACAAAUGGGCUCCUCGAUAUCUUUGUACCGCGCAGCCGCUGAGCACUUUUACUCAGUACACUGAGGGCUUCAAGAUAAAGCUAUCUGACAUGGGUGGCGCAUAUUUCUUCACGGAUCCGCCACUAAAGCUUGUCACACCGCUCGGUUUGAGAGCUCCCGAACUGAUUUUGAAAGGCGCCGUCAACCCAACCCUUGACGUCUGGAGCUUUGGAUGUCUGGUGUUUGAGCUCAUUACCGGGCAACCCCUCUUUUGCGUACCAGGGGGCGAGUUUAAAGAUGAUGAUCAUCUACUCUCGCUUACCUCCCAGCUUGGCCCCCUACCAGAUGAGCUCUUUAAGCAUUGGAAGACGUCUUCUUUCUACUUCACUCCUGAGGGGAAACUCUUCAAUUGCCAGGUCGGCGGGUGUGGGGAAGGCGAGGAACCCCUUAUGCUGGAGGAGACGUCGAUGGAAGAACUUUUUGAUGAGGCUGGUCCAGAUAUAAGUGACGAGGAAGCCGGCACUAUCAAGAGGCUAAUUCGGCGAAUUCUGCAAUAUGACCCCGCGAGAAGACCGUCGCCUUCGGAGAUUUUGCAAGAUCCGUGGUUUUCUGAGCUUGAAAUGGUCCAAAUGGAUGGAGUUGUCGAAACUCAGAAUGAUUAG